AUGGAUCAUGUCAAUCACACCUGGACCCAGAUGUUCAUUCUUGCUGGUUUCAAUAUCUCUGGGAACAUAAGAUCUCUUGCCUUCUUGGGGACCCUGUGCAUCUAUCUUCUUAUCCUUGGAGGGAACUUAUUCAUCAUUGUCCUGGUUAAGGCAGAUUCUGGGCUCUCCACACCCAUGUACUUCUUUAUCAGUGUGCUGUCCUUCCUAGAGUUGUGGUAUGUCAGCACCACGGUGCUCACCCUGCUGCACACCUUGCUCCAUGGAAGUUUACCCAUUUCAUCAACCUUGUGCUUCACACAGCUGUACAUCUUCCAUUCCUUGGGAGUAACUGAGUAUUACCUGUUCUGUAUCAUGGCACUGGACCGCUACCUUGCCAUCUGCCAUCCACUCCACUACCAUGCUCUCAUGAGCAGACAGGUACAGAAAUGCUUAGCAGGGGCCACCUGGAUGGCUGGAUCCUCAGCUGCGCUUGUUCCAGUCAGCCUCACUGCCACUCUGCCCUACUGCUUGAGAGAGGUAGACCACUACACCUGUGACCUGGCUCCCCUGAUGCAGUUGGCCUGUGUGGACACAGGCUGGCAUGCUGAGGUCUAUACUGUGGUGAAUGGCUUGAUCAACCUCAGCACUCUUGUAAUCAUUUUAGGCUUCUAUGGAGGCAUCUUGAAAGCUGUACUGAAGCUACCCUCAGCUGGCAGUCGUGCCAAGGCCUUCUCUACCUGUUCCUCCCAUAUAACUGUGGUAACACUGUUCUAUGGCUCUGCCGGGAUUGUGUAUGUGGGGCCAACUGCUGUGCAUUCUGAGGGCAGAGACAAAUUUAUUGCUCUUGUUUAUGGUUUUCUUACCCCCUUUCUCAAUCCUAUUAUUUAUACCCUUCGUAACAAGGAGGUGAGGGAGGCUGUUAGAAGGGUCACCCGAAGAAUUAAGGGUCAAUUGAAGUAA